CAUUGCCGGAAACAAGCUUUAAAAUGUCUGCUGCGAAAGCUGACGCUCUAAAAGAAACUGUAACUGUGCUAAUAAGCGCUGUAGGGGAUAGUGAUAACUCCGUGAACAAUGUGGUGAUCAAAUCGUUGUCGAAAGUAGCGAAUUCGUAUCCCAAUGAAGUAAUAGACAUAUUCUGUGAGUUUUAUAAAAACACGACAAAAGUAAGCUCUACGCAGUUGGGAAACGUCGUGAAAGUUCUUGAGCAAACAUGCUUAAAUCAAGUCAAGAAACUACAGUCUCAAACAGCUACAGAGUUAGUCUCUGCUAUGCUCAGAGCAAUGACAGAGAAUCCUGGUUAUGAACCUGCGAUACAGAUGGGGGCUUCUGCAGUGCUGGUGGCCAUAGGACAUGAGCUUUUGGACCUGGUGCUCCGCUCCCUCAUCGACCAGCUGUCUCCAGCGACAUUGCCACAUUAUACGAUAACUCAUACUUUAGGCACUUUAGCUGCUGUCAACACACACGGCGUUGUGCCGCACAUUAAGGAGAUCCUUAGCAAAAUGCUGCCCUUGCUUCCCCUUGUUAAGCAGGAUGGUGUAAAGCAGGCGUUUGCUUACGCAUUCGGCCAUUUUGCUGUCGCCGUUUCCGAGCAAAUAGGCGAUAAUGUCGAAAACGACAAUAUAACAUCCAUAAAAGACAAUUUUGUUACGGAAUUUUCUAUAAUUUUUGAUGUGCUGUACAACCAGUGGUUACUUUCGCACGAACCUAAAGUAUCGGAAUCAGUACUCGAAGCCCUUGGUCCAAUCACCCGACUUAUAUCAGAAAGACAAUUUAAUGAAACUGUCAACAAAUUUGUGACUUCAUUGCUAUCAAUGUAUCGCAAACCGACGAUCAAUUCUUACUACGUCAGCCAAUGUAUCUCAUAUUUGCUGUCACCAUCGCCGCUUAACCCUAAACUGACCCUGAAUGACAGCGUAAUUAACUCACUAAACCAUAUUCUAUUCAAUCUGAUUCUAAUAGAUCCUGAUUACGAUCAACCACAUACAAUAAAGAACCACUUUGAAGUUCUCAGAUGCUUCGAUCAUAUGGCAGGACAAUUCUCUGACCAAACCAUAGAAAAUUUGCUUCAUCAGUGUAAAAGUAACCAAGAGAAGGAAAGGAUGAAGGCAGUUAUAGUGUUGACACAUUUGACCACUUCUUCGCAGGUUUUUAUAGAUAAAUAUGCGACAAAAUUCAUUGUGGUACUAAAAGUGAUGAUAGCUAUGGAACAGGGAUUGAAAAUGAAGAAGCUACUUGUUAAAGCGAUUGUAGGACUGGUCUACAGAAACUGCAUAACCACAGUAGAAGACUUUGCAAUGGUAGAUUUCAUUAUUAAACAUUGUGGUUAUGAAGGAUCGGCAAAUGCUUCCAAAACGGAAAUUUCAGACUUGCAUGACACUUGCAGAAGUUCUCUAAUUCUUAUGUGCAACACGGUUACAAGCGUCCGAACUCAAUUGAGAAAUUUGUUGCUGUCAGCCUUGACAAUAGAAGAGUUUACUCCUUCAAUGUCGACAGUCAGUUAUUGUCUUACUUCUCUGCUGCAGAACAAUUCAGAUAUUGUUUCUGAUGAACAGAUCGAUAAAGCAACAGAAUCUAAAUAUUCAGCAGACUUUGUAUUCGUUCGAUGCAUUACAUACAUUGCAGAUCCCGAGCAAGUUGAGAGAAACAAAAAUUUGCUUGUAUUCCUCGAAGAAUUCUCUGAAGAUGUCCAUAAGAAUCUAAAAAAUUCUUGGACUGUCGAAAUGCAAAGACUAUUAAAGUUCGUAGACAAAGUUGAAACAAGGGAACAGUGGCAUGGCAUGCUACUUGAUUUACUUGUAGCUGCGAUUGAGCAAGUGAAUAGUAACAAAUGGGUGGAGACUAUAGCGUCUAUAUUGUCGCAGCAGAUUCUAUCUAAGAAACAACCGCCAAUAAUAAAAGGGGUUUCAUUGCAAUAUCUGGCGGUACUGUCUUGUCACAUGUCCAACGCUGCAGUAGUUGAAAAAGUCCUGAAGAUAAUUCUUCUUGCUUUAAAGUCCAUUCCAAUGGAGAGCACUGAUUUCGUAAGCAAUGCUGUCGGAAUCGCUUCAAGGCAACACGGGGAAUUUGUAAUGAACGAACUUGAUAGUCUUUAUAAAGAAAACGAAUCUAAGAGGGGAAGUAAAAUUCUUAAUUUUCUAUCUUCAAGAAGUUCCAGAAAUGAUCUAGAGCUUAGUGUCGUGAAAUACACGAUAAUUACAUGUUAUGGAAAAGUAGCAUCAGAAUGUUUAGACGUUCAUGUUCUGGCUAGACUGGGUGACAACGUUACCUCGAUUUUGUAUGACAUUUUAAAGUCUUGCCCUAGCUUCGAUUUGUGUAAAGCAAGCAUUACAACUUUAUAUGAAAUCGGCAAUGCCUUGUUCCCUGCGGCACAUCACAAUGUUGCUUUGAGAAAUCGAUGGCAACUUCUAAAUGCAGUUUUGGAACAGAUAUACAAUAACAAUCUGGAAAAACGUAACGUUGAAUUGUACCCAAUAAUCGUGAAAGCGUCAAAAUCAUUGACAAAGCUACAAAAAGGCAUAUUGCCCGAAGAAAGAAACACCAUAUUAAGAGUACUAUUCAACAGCAUUUUUGGAGAAUUAUCUUCAUUUAAAAGGAAAUACGAAAUCGAAGGCAAUGGCGAUCGAAAUGACCUAUUAGCCAAAACAUUAAAUGACAGCUUGACAUUGUUACAUCAUUUGAUCAGAGAACUCAUUAUUCAAUCAACGUGUUUGAGCACAAUUGACGAUUUGAUCGGCUUAAUGCACGAAUGGAUUCGUCAUGAAAACGACGAGAUUAGAACCGCAUCUGCAAUGAUUCUGCAAGUUAUAUUCGAUACUUAUAUCAAAAAUGUUAAAUUAAACUACGAAACUCCGAGUAAAUUUGGUCAGAUGGGAUAUUUGCUUGGUAUAAUAGUUCCUGGAAUUGCUGAUACGAAUUUUGCAGUGAGACUGUCUACUAUAGACUGCAUUAAACUUAUAAUCAAUAUUCAAGAUUUGUACGAAGGUCAUACGAUUGAACCAGACGAUGAAUGCAUGGCCAAUCUGACGAACCUUCAAAAUAAUAUUCUGACAAAUGACUUGAGUAUGAUUGCUGACUACUGCAUGAAUUUGUGUGACACGAUUUCUUCAAAAAUUCCACAUCUACACAAUAUGCAAUUCAUAGAGAGCCUACUUGAGGGAUACGACGGUCAAGAGUAUAGCAGUAUUGGCAUCAGUUCAGUUUUGGAUGCUUUUUUUAUUAAGAAAGGGCAGGAUCUUUUCCAGAGUAUAGAGAGGAUCGUAGAAGUAAUAUUGUCAACGAUGGACGUAGUUGGAGAAGAAUCGGUGAAAUUAGUGAAGCCUUUAUUGUCUUUGACUAGACACCAUUCCAAUGCUGUAACAGCUGUGUUGCUAGCACAGAGAAUUCCUUUGAAACCGUGUGUAGUGACAUGUUGGCGUAAUCUGGCUAAAGAUGAAGGCCUGUCUUCAGCAAUUGUGGACAAUUUCCUGCGUCUCAUGACGUCAAUAGAGCUCUACGAGGAUCCUUAUCAUAUUACUGUGAAUCACAUUGCUGCUCUCCAGCCGUUAACACUAAUAAGUGCCUUAGGAGAAAUGCUACAAGAAGAAUCAAUGCGUACUACCUGCGUUACAAAGUUUGCGGAUCUCUUUGCGGUUCUUUAUACGACACUGGCUUGCUACAUAGAUGCAGAACCACCAGCGUAUGUCAUACCACAGAAUAAAGGACAGGAGAGAAUUGGAUUCAUACCCAAUAGGGAUGCUAUUAGAUUGUCACCUGCGAAGAUUACUAUUAACACUUUCAAUUCGUUUUUGGAAAGAGCUGAUUGUCAGAAGGUAAAAGAAGCCUGUUCCCUCUGUCUAAGCAUAGAACAUGGAGACAGUUCAACAACUCUUUUAGAACUCGCUCCAAUUCUAAGUGGUGCCUUAUGCCGUGACUGUGGACCUCAAUUGGCUAAACUGGUAGCUCGCGUAGCUGCGUACGCCCGGAGUCCUUUGCCGCCACAGAGAUGUGCUGCUCAUGCUUUACUGUCGGAUUUACUUAACUAUAGAUGCAACGACAACUCGGUUCUCAUCGAGACGGUCCUCGCGACGCUGAACACGGGCUGGAAGGACGAGAGUCCCCGAGUGCGCGCCGUGUGCGUGCGCGGCGCGGCGCACGUGGUGGCGCUGCGCGGAGACCUGCGCGCGCACGUGCUGCCCAGGGCCCUCCACGCGCUCAGCCAAGGCAUCGACGCCCACGCCGCUCAGUCACCAACAGACAACGUCCCACUCGCAGCCAUUCAAGGCCUGAUUCGUCUUCUAACAGAACUCGAUAAAAUUGACAAAGAAUUCGACCGAGAACUAGUCGCAAUAUCUCAAAAGAUACGUCCCUAUAUGAACACGGAAUGCAGUCAAUUGAGGGAGAAUUCUAUACGAUUAUUUGGUAUUGUCGCCUUGAAAGUGAAGUCGGAAGCUUUGGUGGAACAAGCCGUCGGAUCGUUGCCAUGUUUCUUGUUGCACCUUUGUGAUAAUAACCCGGCUGUUGUUAGGGCAAGUAAAUUCACACUAAAACAAGUCUUCAAAACCUUCAACGUGAAGAAAUCCAACGACCUAGUCCAAACACAUCUCUUGGACGAGGGUCGUUUGUACCUGGACGAUUUCCUAUCAGCUCUGAUCAGGCAGUUGGCUGACGAGAUGCCUGGAAGCGUGGUUAAGUGUCUGCAAACUGCGGUUAAUUAUUUACAUUGUGCCCGGGAUGAGAUGAAACCGCACCCACCUUUGUUGUUAGGUAUACUCUAUUCGGAGCUUCACCGCAUUAAAGACAAGCAUCCAGAGGAAACAGAUCUCGAUCCGGAUAUAACUCGUAGCGCGCGAACACGUCUAUUACAACUCAUCAAAGAUGGUAAUCCUUUGGUGCGACAGAACGCUGCAAUGGCAUUAGCUAACAUAUGUCUUUUAGAAAUCAAGGAAGUAUGACCGAAAAAUGUACUACAUAAGUUGAGGAGAUAUGUUGAGGUAUUGUAAAGAAAUAUAUAUUGCCGAAGCAUUUAUGAAACAAAAAUUGUACUGAGAAUAAUUGUAGUCGCCAUUCUUUGUGAAUCCAUUGUAUUGUUCACAUUCGGGGCAAGUCCAACAAUUGCGCGCAACCAAUUUCACCCAGAAGUUAUAGUUACAAAACUAACAAUUCACGCGCCAUGGCAGAAUCGUACUUCAACAGUAGAAUAGUGCACAAAAUAACAGUUAUUGUUAUCUACACUGAUUCAAUCUUAUAAAUAAAUUUCACUUUUGACCAAUGUCUGUCCAAAUAAUUACAAAAUUAUCACUAACCUAAAAAUUAAUCAUCCACCGACAUGAUGGAUGGAAUGAAUGAAAAAUGUAAAUUGAUAUAAGCUGUGCCAAGUUUACUUCUUAUACUAAAAUAGCCUCCACCGCCUAUGGUACGUCGUGCCGGGGAGGCUCCUUACGU